AAAUAAAACACUCCGUUAUAUUGUAAAUAAUUACAUCAUGUACAAAUAAUAGAGGCUUAAAACUUUGUACGAAAGAUAAGUACUGAAUAUAAUUAUCAUAUUCUAGAAAAUUUCCAUAAUUUUGAUUGGUUUACGUUUAAAACUUAUCGGCAAAUACAAAAUAACUUAUUCAAUUAGUGUGAUACAAUCGACAUAACAAACAGGUUACGUAACAUACCUAAAAAUGGUAAAAGAAGUUUAUAAAAUAAUUGGUGCCGCACUUCUACCAAAUGUGGGUGGAUGGGCUGGUGGUAUAAUUACAAGUCAAAAUAUCAAACCAUGGUAUGAAUCAAUGAAAAAACCUGAUUGGAGACCACCAAAUUGGGCUUUUGGUCCCGUUUGGACUGGUCUCUAUUGUGGUAUGGGCUAUGCAUCGUAUUUGGUGUACAGAGAUGGUGGUGGAUUUAAUGGUCCAGCAAAAUUACCAUUAAUUCUUUAUGGAUCACAAUUAGCGUUGAAUUGGUCAUGGACACCAAUUUUCUUUGGAUUACAUUCACUUAAAGGGGGUUUGGUUAAUAUUGUUUUGUUAUGGGGUACGGCAGCCGCUUGUGGAAUAUCGUUUUAUGGAAUAAAUAAGACUGCAGGAUAUCUAUUCAUACCAUAUAUGGCCUGGUUAACUAUAGCCACAGCAUUAAAUUAUACUGUCGCCAGAGAUAACCCAAAUGGUGUUGAAAUCACUGAAAUCACAAAGAACGAUUAGGUUCACAUUAGUUCAUACUUUCACAUCGCAUAUACUUAAUUAUUAAAUCAUGAAAAAUUUUACGCACAUGUUUGUAAUGGGAACUAUUUUAUAUUUUAUUAUUGUUUAAAUAUAUCUUUUUUUAUUCUUA